CAUUCAUUCAUUCACUCAUUUAUCCAUUCAUUUAUUCAUACAUCCAUUCAUACAUUGAUUCAUUCAGUCACUCAUUCAUUCAUACAUUUAUUCACUCAUUCAUUCAUACAUACAUUCAUUCACUUAUUCAUUCAUUUAUUCAUACAUUAGUCCAUUUGUUCAUUCAUUCAUUUACUCAUUUAUUUAUCGAUUCGUUUAUUCAUCCAUUCAUUCAUUCAGUCAUUCAUUCAUCUAUUCAUACAUUCAUUCAUUCACACAUUAUUCUUUUACUAUACAUUCGUUCACUCAUUUAUUCACUCAUCCAUUCAUUCAUUCAUUGGUACAUUCAUUCAUCCAUUCAGUCAUUCAUACAUUCAUUCAUCGAGUCAUUCAUUCAUUCAUUUAUUUAUUCAUCCAUCCAAUCAUUCAUUUACUCAUCCAUCCCUUCAUCUAUCUAUUUGUCAUUCGUAUUUAUUCAUCUAUUUAUUCAUUCACUCACUGACUCAUUUAUCGAUUCAUACAUCCAUUCAUUCAUUUAUUUAUUCAUCAUUCAUACAUCCAUUCAUGCAAUCAUUUAUUUAUUCAUUCAUUCAUAUUUUCAUUCAUUUAAUAUUCAUUCACCAUUCAUUCAUUCAUUCUUACAUUCAUUUAAUUAUUCGUUCAUUCAUUAUUUAUUCAUUCAUUUAUUUUUACAUUUAUUCACUCAAUCAUUCAUUUAUGCAUUCAUUUAAACAUACAUUUAUUCACUAAUUUAUUCAUUCAUCCAUCCAUUCAUUCACUCAUUCAUUUACUAAUUCAUUCAUCCAUUUAUUUAUACAUUCGUUCACUCAUUCAUUCUCUCAUCCAUUCAUUUAUUUAUUCAUUGGUACAUUCAUUUAUCCAUUCAGUAUUUUAUUCAUUCAUUCAUCCAGUCAUUCAUUCAUCCAUACAUUCACUCACUCACUCACUCACUCAUUCAUUCACUCAUUCAUCCAUUCAUCCACCCAUUCAGUUGUCAUUCUUCUUUAUUCGUCCUUACAUUCAUUCAUUCAUCCAUCCAUACAUUCAUCUGUCAUUCUGAUUUAUUCGUCCAUUUAUUCAUUCACUUAUUUACUCAUUCAUCCAUUCAUUCAUUCAUAAUUUGUGUAGUUAUUCAUUUAUUCAUCAUUCAUUCAUUAAUUCAUUUAUUAUUCAUUCAUUCAUUCACUCAUUUAUUUAUUCAUUCAUUCAUCCAUCCAUUCAUUUGUUUAUUAACUUAUUCAUUCACUAAUUUAUUAAUUAGUUAAUUAAUUCAUCCAUUCAUUCAUUCACUCACUCACUCACUCACUCACUCACUCAAUAAUUAAUUCAUUUCUUCAUUCAUUCAUUCAUUCAUUGAUUGAUUUAGUUAUAGAUCAACAGUUUUUCGCAGUUUCUCGGUUUUUGUUGAAUUUUCCCUCGUUUGUCGUUUUCAUUAAAGGUCUGUAGGAAAACGUGUGACGGAUUCUUUGUUGUUAUCAAAUAUUGAUCAUGUUAACGGACUGGACUGUGGAGGAUGAUGGAAACCCUGGAACAUGGACUCUGAAAUGAAGCGGAUCAUAAUCACUGAUUCAUCUGAACCUGAAAUCACUUCCUGUUUUUUAAAAAUCUGACUCUUUGUUUGUGAUUCCAGUUUGACCGAGUUAAUCCAGACCUCUGAUUGGUCAGAUCAAUAAUCAAUAAUGUCAUUAAUCCAGACCUCUGAUUGGUCAGAUCAAUAAUCAAUAAUGUCAUUAAUCCAGACCUCUGAUUGGUCAGAUCGGACAAUUAUCAAUAAUGUCAUUAAUCCAGACCUCUGAUUGGUCAGAUCAAUAAUCAAUAAUGUCAUUAAUCCAGACCUCUGAUUGGUCAGAUCAGUAAUCAAUAAUGUCAUUAAUCCAGACCUCUGAUUGGUCAGAUCAAUAAUCAAUAAUGUCAUAAUUACAGAGGGGACAUUAUAUCUCCAUUGAUCGUUCUCUCUCUCUCUCUUUGUUUUCAGAUAAGGACUCUCGCCCUUUCUGUUCUCUUAAUCCAGACUCUCCGAAGUGCAGGUGUAAAGACUGUGAAGGUAACCCAACAACUGUCCUGCAGGGGGCGCUCUAAAGACUUCUGUGAGUCCUGAUAGAAACAGCAGAAAUCAAUAACAGUGAUCAAUAAUCAUUUUGGUUUUUUUCCUCCAGCUGUCGUAAAAGCAACGUUGGAGCCGAACCCACCGAGAACUACACAGACUACACAAAAUACACAAACUACAGGAACUACACAAACUACACAAACUACAGGAACUACACAAACUACAGGAACUACACAGACUACACAAACUACAGGAACUACAGGAACUACACAAACUACAGGAACUACACAAACUACAGGAACUACACAAACUACACAAACUACACAAACUACAGGAACUACACAAACUACACAAACUACACAAACUACAGGAACUACACAAACUACACAAACUACACAAACUACAGGAACUACACAAACUACACAAACUACACAAACUACAGGAACUACACAAACUACACAAACUACACAAACU